UAAUAUUGCAUGGGAUUGAUUUCACAGAGUCACGCUCUUUUGUUCAGGGUCUCAGUUCGAGCCGAAGAUGGCAAGGUGUUGGUCUUAUUCCAGGUAAGAAAUCGACCUAACCCCGUCUAAGAGGUCUUUAAAACCAUGGUCUUUAAGUAUGGCCAAAAAUGUACUGAACAGAUACAAUCGCAAGCUCAAAAAUGCCUCGGCGAAACUACCAAGUUCGACCAAGUGGUUAGCAAACGUACACAACCAAGAUGUUAUCAGAUCUCCGGUACAGCCAUCAUCUUCCUCAUCAUCGGACUGAUCGUGGUUAUUUUAUGUCGCCGGUACGUGAAAGAUGUCUUGGAAUGGCUCCAGAAUCUGGAUGAGUGGCAAGGAAUGCUGCUAUUUGUAAUAAUGUUCACGGUAGUCUCUUUUCCUAUGACAUGGGGAUACAUUUUAUUAAACGUAGCAGCAGGCUACUUGUAUGGAUUUAUUCUUGGAUCUAUGGUUGUUGUUGUUUCUGUCCUGUGUGGUGCGUCAACUGCAUUCAUCGUUUGUAGAAGAUAUUUACGAGAUUUCGUUCGCUCAAGACUGGAGUCGGACAGUUUAAAAGCGAUCAUGCGGGUCGUGGAGGGAAAACGUGGUUUUAAAGUGAUUGCAUUAACAAGGCUGACCCCUGUUCCGUUUGGAUUGCAAAAUGGACUAUUUUCGGUUACUAAUGUCAGUACACCUAAAUAUGUAAUUUCAUCUACACUUGGGCUUUUACCUACACAAGCGUUGAAUGCAUACAUGGGAUCUACAUUUCGUUCUCUGGAGGAUGUUGUGCAAGACCAGUCUGGUAGUUACAUUUUACUCUUUGUUCAAUUCAUUAUCAGUAUUCUGCUGAUGACGCACGUAAUUCGCAGAGCAAGAAAGGAAUUAAAUAGAACUUGUGAGGAGAUGGAACCAGAUGUUUUAGCAAAUGGUCAUGUGAUAACAGCUGUACCAGAGCAACUUCAAAGAAUUUCUUCAGAAAAGAAUUUUGCAAUGGACAUUGAUGUGGAAGCCCAGUUGGAAGAAAAAGAGUUUAUUGACAGCAACAUGAAGAAAGGCCACAAGAGAUCAAAAUCUGCAUCUGCUGUGCUAACUGCAGUAAAUGAAAUUUCAAAAGGUGCUCAAACUCCUUAGCUAGUCUAACUUGUUGAAAAUGAGCUUGCUUAUGUUAUGUUAAAGUUUGGCAAUACUGGAUGUUUCACACAAACUUGUUUUAAAUUUAAAUGGAAAUGUGUAAAUCAAUUUCCUGUGAUAGCUUUUUAAUACAUGUAUAGGGGAAAGGGUGGGCAAUUUUAUUUGAAUAUUUAUAAGUUUGAAUAACACAAACCACUCUUAACUAUUUGGUUUGAUGUAGGUUUGUAAUUUCAAACAAUUCACAAACAUUUUGUCGCAAACCUGACAGUGUGUGGUCCUCAUGCAUUAUUCCAUAUUUAAAAAAAAUCUGAUAAGGGCUCUGAUCAGAUCUAUUAAAUGCAUUCAAUGUUAUUUACAAAUCCUGUUAUGUCUAAAUCUUAAUUUUACUGGUAGUGUUAUAAUAGCAUUUGAAUUUGCUGAAAGGAUAUAAUUAAUCAGGAAACAAGUUUUGAUAGUAUUAUUAAUGCAGUCCAGUCCAUUUCAUAAAGAAAUGAUCCACUUGGAUAUUAAUAUAUUAUUACACUCAAUGCAGCAUAUCUCGCUAUUUAGAGUUAAGCAAACAGUGAAAACAAAAUUCAAACAAAAUAAGGUAACAUUAACUGUAGUGGAUAUAAGCUUCAAUGUAGCUAUUUUUUUCCCUAUUCUUCAUUACUUCUCAUGUAACAAACAAAGGAUUUUACAGCUUAGCUAGAUUCCAUUAUCAACAUUGCUUUCCUUGCACCAUACAUGUACUUAGUAUUAAUAGGGAUCUGGUGUUUACCAUAGCUUUUGUUAGAAUUUCCAAAGGAUUAGUACCAUUAAAUUAGGUUCUGUUUUUCUUUUUCUCAUUAGGAUAGAAUUCUAUAGAAAAGAUGCUAUACAGUAAGGAUAACAUCCUUCAUAGUCAUGAGCACAUAUUUAAUACUAAAAAUCUUUUAUAUCUUUUCACACAUUUUUUGGACUUUGUGUGAUGGUGAAUAAAAUGAUACAGUAAUAAAAUAAAUCAACUUCAUUCAAACUUACACUUACAUUAUGCAGUUGUCCUCUUUCGCUAGAUAAUUUAAUUUCCAGAGCUUAGUGUCAUAUUGUGAAAUUUCUAUUUUUAUUUUUAUCACAAAAGUAUAACUGUAUAGUGUUCAAAUUUCAGUAAUAAACAAAAGCAGUACAUUUUCACUA